CUCCUCGAGUCUCCACGCGAAUGCUUUCACCCGUCAUAUGACUUCUGUAAGCCUAAUAGUUCUGUGCAACUUGUAUUUAUAUGGAAUAUAUAGAUAAGAGCCCCUUGCAUGUGUGUACUGGAAAUAAAAUAAAUCCCCGAAUCCCAUUUCUAGGGCAUUUUCGACCAUUAAAUAAAAUCAUCUGCCCAACAACACUCUCAGGAACUACAAGGAGCACAUUCAAGUAUUUGGUUUGAAUGAACUAACAAGUAAAUAUUUCAUAGGAAACACAUUUAAUAAUAAUUAAAAUUUUAGCAUUUUUUAAAAUCCAGACUUUGACCAUUAAUAAAACUAUGAUUUUUCACUUGAUUUUAAAAAAUGACUACUACUUGCCCAAACUGUGUCCAUACCAGAUUUAAAUGAUUUAAACCUAUCUGAACAAAUGUUGUGGUCCGUUUCCUUAUCAUACUAAAUAUAGUCUUUUGUCACAAAUGGGUCAUUGCUUAUUUUAAAAUGGUGUCAACAAUUCUGUCUGUUUUUCAAAAACACUAGCGCGUGUACAAAACUACAACAACCGACACCAACAGGGUCGCAUGCAUUAAACGUCAUCGUGCUCAGCUGACCGCGACAUCCUCCUCGCGCUCGCGUUUGUUUUGAGGAUCACGUUAAAAGCCUCUUUUUAUUAUUUACAUUCAAAUAACGUGUAACGUUAAUCCCUAUUGGAGUUAAGUUGCCCCCUCGUUACAAACUUCACAUUUAUGAGCAAUUAAACUAGCGCGACCCACAAAGUUGCCAUGCUCGGUCGCAGACAUGCAUUGGAAAACUUUCUCUGUCUUUAUGUUACUUCUUAACGUCAGCGAAACUUCAGCAACUUCAUGCGUCAUCGCAGUGGAUGUGGGGAGACCAGUGGGAGAUCUCAAACAGUUCUGGAGGAGCACUGGUUUCUGUCCCCCGCUCCCUCACACCCAGGCCCACCAGUUUGACCUGAGCACGGACCAGCAGCUGAACCUGGCCUAUGUGGGCUCAGUCCCCCACGGAGGGAUCCAGCAGGUCAGGAUCCACUGGAUGUUGGAGUUGGUUACUGCACAAGAUAUUGGAGGACAACCCCAGUACGACUUCACUAAACUAGACCAGCUCAUAGAACUCUUGUGGAUUAAUGGACUCCGACCAGGUUUUGAACUGAUGGGCAGCGUCUCUAACUAUUUCACUGACUUUGAGGACAAAUCACAAGUGGUCGAGUGGAGAAAUCUGGUUUAUCUGAUAGCCAAGAGGUACAUCGAUAAGUAUGGCCUGGGAAGUGUCUCUCAGUGGAACUUUGAAACAUGGAAUGAGCCCAACAACCAUGACUUUGAUAAUGUCACUGUGUCAAUUCAAGGGUUUCUAAACUACUAUGAUGCCUGUUCGGAGGGUCUGCGUGCUGCCAGCAGUCUCCUGAGGUUUGGGGGUCCAGGAGACUCCUGUCAUUCUCCCCCACACUCCCCAUACUGCUGGGCCAUGCUGCAGCACUGCUACAACGGCACCAACUACUUCACUGGAGAGACGGGGGUCAGGAUCGACUACAUCGCCCUGCACAAGAAGGGAGGAGGCUACUCCUUGCCCAUCCUCCAGCAGGAGAUCCAGACGGUGGGGGAGAUCCGGGAGCGUUUCCCCCGGUUCCACAGCCUCCCUGUUUACAAUGAUGAGGCCGAUCCGCUGGUGGGCUGGUCCAGGCCUCAGGAGUGGAGGGCCGAUGUAACCUACGCUGCGAUGGUGGUGAAGGUAAUAAACCAGCACCAGUAUCUGCUGCUGGCUGACCCAAACAGCACCAUCAACUACACCCUGCUCAGCAACGACAACGCCUUCCUCAGCUACCACCCACACCCCUUCACCCAGCGCACGUUGACUGCCCGCUUCCAGGUCAACAACACCGAGCCGCCUCACGUCCAGCUGAUCAGGAAGCCUGUCCUCACUGUCAUGGGCCUGCUGGCUUUGCUAGGAGAGACCCAGAUCCUGGCUCAGGUUUUGAGCUCAGCAGGAAGCACCAACAGCACGGUGGGAGUUCUCGCCAGCAGCCACAAGCCUGUAAUAGCAGGAGGCUCAGACAGCUGGCAGGCAGCGGUGCUGAUCUACAACAGUGACGACAACAGCACCUCCACUAACACUGAUGACGUCACCAUUUCACUGAAAGGAUUGGCUGCUCAGAAGGGUCUUAUGUACAUCACAUAUUACAUUGACAACAACGUAACCAACCCGUACCAGCUGUGGCAGAGCAUGGGCAGCCCCGACUACCCAACAGCAGAACAGUUCAGACGCCUCAGGAGUGUGCAGGACCCUCACGUCGAAGGACCCUGGGAAGUUCCUGCAGCGGACACUCUGACUCUGAAAGCCAAACUGUCUGUGCCGUCUGUCCUCCUCGUCCAUGUUUGUGCCCAGCCCAAAGCAGAGCCAGACCAGAUCAACGGAUUACACUUCAUCAGGAUCACGAAAGGCCAAGUCCUGAUUGUCUGGUCAGACCACUGUGUUGAUUCCAAAUGCAUUAAGACAUUUGAAGUGGAGUUCUCCACAGACAACAAGGAAUUCAACAGAAUUAAUACUCAAGACACCAUUUUUACUUCUUACGUUUAUUCGCCUGUGGGCCAGGAGGUCGGCGGUCUGUACAGAGUCCGAGCUGUGGACUACUGGGGAAGGCCUGGCCAGUACUCGCUGCCAGAGAGGUUUACAGGGGAGCACUAGACCAGGAUCAAGUCUGGUAGCAUUGAUAUGAUGUUUCUAAAUACUUUUGCACAAUGUCAAUACAUUUUAUAGAGAUCAAUGUGCUGAUUACAUAAAUAUACAUUAUGGGUAAACUCUGAUCUGCCCAAUCUCAUUAUAAGCAUAUAUUUAUUGUUCAUACUCCUGCUCUAAUUAACAGUAAUACAGGCAUCAGCUCUUUUGAUAGUGUAUAGUUGUUGUAAUUUCAAAGACUUUUAUAUUGUCAGAUAAAAGUGAUUGAAUAC